GAGUCCUUGUCCGGCAUCUCGGUUGUGCUAUAAACUACCAUAGCGUCACAUGCAUCACACCACGCACAUCAUCGAACGUCCGAGUGGUUCAUCUGAGCCAGCCAGCUGCUCUUGUUCUUGCUUUCUUCUGAUCCACAGCUCCAUAGAGCUCGGUUGCAUUGCUUUCGACAGGCGUUGAAAUUUUACGCAUUUGCUAUAGCUGGCUAAGGUAGGUCAGAUAACGAGCAUCAGGUCAAAGAAACAGACAUGGGCAGCCUUUCCGGCACCUCUUCGUCCUUGGCCGCUGCGUUCGACGCCGACUCCGAGCGCUUCCAGCCGCUGAACGCCGACGACGUCCGCUCCUACCUCCACAAAGCCGUGGACUUCAUCUACGACUACUACAAGUCCGUGGAGUCCGUCCCCGUGCUCCCGAGCGUCGAGCCGGGUUACCUGGCCCGCCAGCUCAAGUCCGCGCCGCCGAACGCCGCCGCGCCGUUCGACGUCGCCAUGCACGAGCUCCGCGAGGCCGUGGUGCCGGGGACGACGCACUGGGCCAGCCCCAACUUCUUCGCCUUCUUCCCGGCGACCAACAGCGCGGCGGCCAUCGCCGGGGAGCUCGUUGCCUCCGCGAUGAACACCGUCGGGUUCACCUGGCAGGCCAACCCGGCGGCCGCGGAGCUGGAGGCGCUCGCGCUCGACUGGCUCGCGCAGCUCCUCCUCCUGCCGGACAGCUUCAUGAACCGCCCCUGCAGCGCUGUCGUCGCCGGCCGAGGCGCAGGCACUAGAGGCGGCGGCGUCAUCCUCGGCACCACCAGCGAGGCGAUGCUGGUCACGCUCGUGGCGGCCCGCGACGCCGCCCUGCGCCGGAGCGGCUCCGACGGCGUGGCCGGGAUCACGCGGCUGACCGUGUACGCAGCCGACCAGACGCACUCCACCUUCUUCAAGGCCUGCCGCCUCGCCGGCUUCGACCCGGCCAACGUCAGGUCGAUCCCCACCGGCGCCGACACCGACUACGCGCUCGAUCCGGCAAGGCUUCUCGAGGCGAUGCGGCGCGACGCCGGCGCCGGGCUCGUUCCGACGUACGUGUGCGUCACGGUCGGCACGACGUCGUCGAACGCGGUCGACCCGGUGGGCGCCGCGGCCGACGCCGCCGCCGAGUUCGGCGCGUGGGUGCACGUGGACGCCGCCUACGCCGGCAGCGCCUGCAUAUGCCCGGAGUUCCGGCACCACCUCGACGGCGUGGAGCGCGUGGACUCCCUCAGCCUGAGCCCGCACAAGUGGCUGCUCACGUGCCUGGACUGCACCUGCCUCUGGGUGCGCGACACGCGCCGCCUCACCGACUCCCUAGAGACGCGCCCGGAGUACCUGCGGAACCACGCCACCGAGUCCGGUGCCGUCACCGACCUCAAGGACAUGCAGGUUGGCGUCGGCCGCCGCUUCCGCGGACUCAAGCUCUGGAUGGUCAUGCGCACGUACGGCGCCGCCAAGCUCCGGCAGCACAUCCGCAGCGACGUGGCCAUCGCAAAGGUGUUCGAGGAGUCCGUGCGCGCGGACCACCGGUUCGAGGUGGUUGUCCCGAGGAACUUCGCGCUUGUCUGCUUCAGGAUCAGGCCGAGCGCCACCGCCAGCAUGACGGAGGAGGACGCCGAGGUGGCCAAUCGGGAGCUCAUGGAGCGGCUGAACAAAAGCGGGAGGGCGUUCCUGGCCAACACCGUGAUCGGUGGCAAGUUCGUGCUGAGGUUCGCGGUGGGGUCCACGCUACAGGAGGAGAGGCACGUGCGGAACGCGUGGGAUCUCAUUAAGAUGACCACAACCGAGAUCAUAAACGGAGAGGUGGAUUAAGCCUGUUUGUUAACCUUGGUCUUGUUUUCUAGGAUUUAGAGUGUCUCUAGCAAAAGACUGUAAAAGGGUUCUAGCCUAUAUUUAGAGAAGAUUAUUUUCUUCUCUCUCAUCUUCUCUCUCCAAUUUAAUACUUUAAACAACAUAUUAAACAAAACUAAAAUAUGUAUAAAAUAUUUAAGUGCGUGACAAAUGCAUUAUGUACAAAGAUCUAGAGAAAAUAGGUCUCUAAUAUAGAUUUAUGUAUAGGAGACCAGUUAUAAAGGACGAAGAAGAAUAGGAUACAGAAAAAGUAAUCUUUUGAAGAAAACGGUAAAGGAGAAAGAUAAGGAUGC